AUGCGGUUUUGGUAUGCAAACCAACUUAACUGCGUCAGGUGGGGAAGGGAAUUUUCUGAGCCUUACAGGUUGGAGUGCGGGGUGAGGCAGGGGGGGUUAACCUCACCUAAGCUCUUCAACCUGUAUGUUAAUGACCUGAUCGUGGAGCUCAGCAAAAAGCCAGUCGGUUGCUGGAUUGACGGCAUUUGCGUGAAUAAUUUAAGCUACGCCGAUGACAUGGUGCUGCUGGGUCCCACGGCCGGUUCUAUCAGGGAGUUGUUAAAAGUGUGUGAGGACUACGCUACUAGCCAUGGUCUGAUAUACAAUGUGGCUAAAAGUGAAUACCUGAUCUUUAAGGCCCCACGUAAGCAAGUGCAAUACGAGCCAAUUAUAACACUCAAGGGGGCUGUACUUAAUCGUGUGACCCAAUUUAAAUAUUUGGGCCAUUAUUUAACGGAGGACCUUAAGGAUCACGUCGACAAAGAACGAGAACGUAGAUCUCUGGCUGUCAAAUGUAACAUGUUGGCCCGCAGGUUCGCUCGAUGUAGCAAGGAAGUGAAAGUAACGGCACUGAACACAUUACGUGUACAGUAUAAUAAUGGGUUUAGGAUACUGUUGGGUUUGCCGAGGUUCUGUUCAGCGUCUGGGAUGUUCGCUCAGGAGCGAAUCGAUGAUUUUUACGCCAUUAUAAGGAAAAAGACGGCAUCCCUCCUGACAAGGUUGCGGUCGAGCUCAAACAGUAUCCUGAAUAUGUUAGCGGGAAAGUUUGAUUCACCUAUCUUGCAACACUUCAUGUCGGUGCUUGUACGGUGA